AUGAAGACCUCUUCGAAGUUGCUCGCCAGAAUGCUUCUCAAGAACACCUUCACCGCAAACCGGACGACCUCCGGAUGCACCAAGUUCGGCGAGCUUGAUGAAGCCCGGAAGCUGUUUGUUCUCACCACCGAGCGCACUAAGGUCACCUGGACGAUCAUGAUCGGCGCAUUCUCGCAGUUGGGUUGUUCCAAGGAGGCGUUCGAGCUUUUCAAUGAUCCUCACGCUUCACGUUUGGUGAACCAAAUUCAUGUUCAUGUUGCAAAAUCUGGUUUUGGGAGCACACUGUUAGUAUGCAACACCUUGGUGGAUUCUUAUUCCAAGUGUGGCCUCAUCGAUGUUGCUCGAUGCCUUUUCGAUGAAAUGCCGGAGAGGGACACAGUGACAUACAAUGCCUUGUUGAUGGGUUAUUCUAAAGAAGGAUUCCACGGUGAUGCUAUGAAGCUCUUCAUGGAGAUGAGGAACUUGGAGUUGAAGCCCUCUCAGUUCACUUUCUCUGGAGUUUUAACUGCCGGAACAAGGCUCGAGGAUCUUCGGUUUGGGCAGCAGGUUCACAGUCUCAUCAUCAAAUCAGACUUUUAUUGGCAUGUGUUUAUUACCAAUUCAUUAUUGGAUUUCUACUGGGAAUGCAGGUGCAUAAGCGGAGCUACAAAGUUGUUCGAUGAAAUGGUGGAGAGGGAUAAUGUUUCUUAUAAUGUGAUGGUCUCUGGGUAUGCAUGGGCUGGGAGGACUAAAGAGUUUGGGAAACAGUUCCCUUUUGCUAGCAUGUUGAGUAUCACGGGUGCCUUGUCGGAUGAUAGAUGA